AUGCAUCCACACAGCUCCAAUGGAUCGUCUGCAUCCAGUCGCAACACUUCUGCGUUUGGUCGCAAGGGAAGCAGAGGAUAUUCGCGUGGCACGAGCUCAAACAACACACGCAAGGACAAGCACGCUCUGCAGUACUUGGACGAGAGUGGUCACGAUGUCACGCCGCGCAGCUUGCUUGAGCCGCAUCGCCGCAAAACCAUCGAGGAUGUGAGGGUCGAACGCACAAACUUCAUGGACACCAUGGCCAUGCCAAAGGAGAUGUCUUGGGGGUCGCGCAUGAUGAGCAGUGCGGAGGGCUCGAUGGCCAUGAGCCUGCCGCACUUCUCGUACAUGGGCGCGAGCACGCGCUCAACGACGUCAGACUCAAGCCAGCGGCGGGAGAGCGCCUUUGACGUUGACGAGAUUGACGACACAAUCAUCCAGCCAGCAGACGUGGCCAUGCCCAAGGAGGAGGAGGAGGAGCUCACCGAUGCCGACCUUAACAAGAUGGUGUACAUCAAAUUGGAGGAGACAGACACGAUAUCGCUGCUGGACGUGCCGCCGACGUGGAUCCCCGAUGACGAUGAGGCCGUGCACGAGGAGAUCAAGAAGGAAAACGACGCAUAUGAGGCGCUGCUUGAGAAGAAGCAGACCAUCCCCGACGACUUCACCGACCGCUUUACACAGACCACCGUCUUCCUGCAGAAGGAGCAGGCCAUGCAAACAGCGCCACGGUCGGUUGCGAGUGCAGACUGCCAGGUCUCCAUUGCCGACAUCCACGACUGCUUCGACGCCCUCACGAAACUCCGCUCAAAGGUGCGAGGCAAGAACUCGUUUGCGAACAUGGCAUCGAAGGUGAUUGCGCGGGAGAAAGGCCCCGUGAUUGCAUUGCAGGAUCCACGCACCCUUCUCAAGCAGCACCACAUCCCGCUCGGCUUUGGCGUGUCGGAAGUUGUUGAGGAGGAAGAGGAGACGGUAGCGGCGCCAGAGGAACAGUGGGAAAAGGCGAAGGAGAGUGUGAGCGUGAAGCGGCAUCUGCAGCUGCUGGAGCGGUUGAUUGAGCACGACACAUUCGCACCGCAGCAGGCGCUCAUCAAGCAGGACGACGUCUUUGGACUCACGGACGAUCCGUCCAGUCGCUCGCCGCUGCGCCACGCAUGGACAUAUGCGUGUGACACAACAAAGAACAUGGUCGUCACGUGCUGCGCGUGGAACAAGGCCAACCCGGACAUUGUCGCCGUCGGGUAUGGGAGAACGGCGCUGCCGUCCCCUGACGAGCCCGGCAUGCUGUGCUGCUGGAGCAUCAAGCAGCCGCAGUACCCCCACCGCAUCUACACCACCCCCUCCACCGUCAUGGCUGUCGACUUCUCUCGCGAACACCCGCAGAUGCUGGCGGUCGGUAUGGCGUCCGGCACCAUCGCCAUCUACGACGUCUACAAGGACCAGCCAGAGCCCCUCCUCGACACAACGCCCAAUGACACGGCAAGCAAGCACACGCACGCCGUGUGGGACAUCCAGUUUGUGUCGCUCGUCGGCAAGCAGGGCGCCGACGACCGGGAGGAGAUGCUCGUGUCUGGAUCGUCGGAUGGGCUCGUGCUGCAGUGGCACCUGCACAAGGGCCUCGACUCGUCUGCCCUCGUCAAAGUCAAGCGUGUCGCAUCGCAGAGCAAAGCGCACCACGGCAACAGCAAGACAGCGUUUAUUGCGCGCCAGGCAGGCGUUAUGUCCAUGGCAUUCUCCCCAACAGAUGCAAGCCUGUAUCUGGUUGGCACGGAGGACGGCAACAUCCACAAGUGCUCCACGUCGUACUCGGACACGUAUCUUGAGAGCUUCUUCGGCCACACCGCCAGCGUGUACCGUCUACAGUACAGCCCCGUCGACACCACCCGCCUCCUCAGCUGCUCCGCGGACUGGUCGCUCAAGCUGUGGGACGGCGACUCCGGCAACGUCGUGCAGACGCUGCAGUGCACCACCAGCGCUGUUCGUGACGCGUGCUGGUCCCAUCACCGUCGUGAUGUCCUCGCAUCCAUCAGUGACGACAAGCUGUUCCUGUGGAACUUGGCGGAUCUCGAGCAAGACCCCGUCUUCUCGUGCCAGCCGCACAAGGGUGCACAGCUCUCCUGUGUUCUCUUCAACCCGCAGCGCGAAUACCUCGUGGUUGGCGAUACAGCGGGCAACUUGCACGUGUAUUCAAUUCACUUGAAGACACAGAAGCAGGCAGAAGAGGCGGCGGCACAGGAGAACAGCAACAACGCCAACGACACAGAGGAACAGCAGCAGCAACAGUCAAGCAGUGGCAGUGGCAGCGAUGUGACGAGCACGCGACCAACGACGAGCGCCACAACAGCAACUGCAGCGACAGACAACCGCGACAAGGCACCGUCUCCGACAGCAAGUAUGCAGGCUGACCCUGACGAAGGCGAUGGGCGGGUGUCGACACGUGCGACUACAGCGGCCAGUGCAACGCGCGCCACCACGGCUGCGUCAUCAACAAAGGCCCCGCUGCCCACUGUUCGCACCAGCAGGCCCUCAGAGUCGUCGUAG